AUGCCGGAUCUGUCGUCCAAACUGAACGCGCCUAAGAAAGUGUCCGUCUUCGAAAAGCAGCGACAAGAAGCUGAAGCGAAACGAAUUCGAGAAGAAGCCGAGAACAGAGCUGCCCUGAGAGAAUUCGAGGACUCAUUCGCCGACGAAGAUGAGGAUGACUUUGUCGCUCAAGUAGCUGCUGGUCGCAGCGCAUACGGCGGCGCAAGAGCUGGAGAUGCAGGUGGCUAUACCAGAGGAGCUCCCAUGAGGAGCAGUGGACCAGGCACCCUGGGUCCACCACCCGGCCCUGCCCCACUAUCCUUGAAGCGCAAGAGGGAAUUGGAACAAGAACGAGAAAGAGAAAGAAGGCAGCGAGACAGUAGAGCGAGUCCAGAGGCUGCUGUCAAACGCCCGACUAUGCUAUUGUCAUCACUACCACGCAACACGACCGAAGCGACGAUACGAAGCUGGUUACCCAAGAACCUGAAACUCGACGAAAUCGCCUUUGCUCCCUCGUCUACUGCUCACACCUUGACUGCCGUUGUUGCUCUCACUCCCGACACGGCCUCCAGCGAUAUCGACAGCGCCGUCAAUGCUCUCCAGCAGAAAUACUUGGGCUUCGGCUCCUACCUCAGCAUCUCCAAACACAUCACAAUCUCCUCGUCCGUUUCUUCCGUUCUACAUACCGCCACAUCCGCUAUCCCAGUACAGCCUUUCGGUGCCAAACAGAUGCCUCGCGACCCCCCUCCUUCACAUAACUUCCGCAACGCUCCACCCCCGGAGUCUCUGCCACCACAAUUACGCCACCAAGGUCCUGCUCCUCUGGUCGUCAAUGUAACUCCGCCAUCAGAUCUCAAGCAGCUCGCCAUCAUCAACAAGACUGUCGAAAAACUCAUAACAUACGGCCCUGAGUGGGAAUGCUUACUCAUGGCUCAGCCAGAUGUCCAGCAUGGCGAGCAUUGGGCUUGGUUAUUCGACAACACCAGUCAAGGCCAUGUCUGGUAUCGCUGGCUUGUAUACCAGUACUAUGCCUCUCAACCACCUGCAAAUGCUAGUCAAGAUUCCUAUCAAUGGUCUAUGCUGGAUGAGCUUGCUCGCAUGAACAACCACGUCCGCCUAUUUGAUGACGGUCCCUUCUGGGUACCUCCACCUGAGAAACCUAGAUAUGAGCACGCACAAAACCUUGCUGACCUCAUGUCGGAUUCUGGCUAUGUCUCUUCAGAUCUCGACACUGAUGACGAAGAUGAUCAUAUUAUUCAAAAUCAAGGCGUGGCUCCAGAAGACCCGAGCGUGUCACGACCAAGAUACUUGAAUCCCUAUCGAAAAGCCAAAUUGACUUUCUUCCUGAAUCACUUACCUGACAGCACUGGGUACCUCUGUGAAGGUGAUGUGCAGGCCGUCACUGAUUUGGUCAUCAAAUUCUCGGGUCAAGGUGCUGAAGAAGUCGUCGACAUGCUUGUAUCGAAUCUCGAGAAUCCUUUCCGCUUUUCGGUCAAUUAUAAGAUCGAUCGUGGUGGCAAUGACGAUGCGGAUGUUGACGAGGCCGCCUCAAAAGACACAACCGAAAUGCAAGUCGACCAGGAGAAUGAGGUCAAACCAGAAAACUCGUCUGGUAAGGAUAUCUCUGGCGCACAACUGGUCGGUCUCUAUGUCAUAAGCGACGCCUUGGCUGCAACAUCAGUAUCCGGCGUGCGUGAUGCCUGGAAGUACCGAUCGUUGUUCGAAUCUGCUCUCACCUCACGUCAAAUAUUCGAGAAGCUUGGUCGCAUGCCCAAACCGCACGGAUGGGGCCGUGUUCGCGGUGAACAGUGGAAGAGUCGUAUCACGGUUGUUCUAGACUGCUGGGAGCGUGAAAGCAUUUUCGCACCAGAAAGCCACCGGAGGUUCAAAGAAGUGUUCUUAUCCCCACCGCUA